AUGCUUCGAGGAUUGAUUUUAAUUUUAAAUGUUGUAUAUGCCGUCAACUGUACAUACGUUAUCUCGGUGUAUGGAGAUGUACUAAAAGACACAAAGUUUUUCACGAAAACGUACCCUUGGAUCAUAGAUAAUAUUGGCGGAGAGGUGGUGAUUGAUUAUUACCUACUGGGCAGCGGGAGGUAUACUGUACCUCAGAUGUGCGUUUUGAAUGAACUAAGGCUGAAUACGUUUCUCCAGGCGCAGUACCUAAAAUGUGAGGCUGAAGGAACGUCAAGUGAAGUGUGUCUCUGUGAAACGGGCAUUGAUCCCCAGAGGUUCAGACGUUGCGUCCUCACGAAGGGCUCACUAGCAAGCUUCGCAGCAGCAAAAUACACUCAACUGGCCAUAGACGCUAGUCCCGUCGUGGAAAUCGGGGUAAAGAACACGAUCUUUGAAGUGGACGACCAUUGGUACUUAAAAAAGAUUUGUACCAUUUUCGGAGACAACCUACCGAGAGGAUGUAUCAAGCCGUUCUCGUGUAAUUUCACUGAGACGGAGUAUGAAAUAUCACGGUCGAAUCACAUUGAUUGCAGCAGAUGUCGCACGGAAAUGUACCCGGUGGAGUCAACGUACACGACUACAACUACAAGCGCGGUUCUGUAA